CUAAUGGCGCAGGCGAUUAUCUGCGGGGCCGCUCGGUGUUGUGUGGCCCGCGGGCAGGGCCCGGGUUACAAGCGCCAGGAAUCCAGACGGUGUUUGGAGAGGGGGGCGGGGGAGGCCAGUCGGGAGAGGCCGAGAUGACGCCGAGCCCCACGUUGCUGCUGCUGCUGCCGCCGCUGCUGCUGGGGGCCCUCCCGCUGGCCGCAGCCGCCCGAGGCCCCCCGAGGAUGGCAGACAAGGUGGUGUCACGACAUGUGGCCCGGCUGGGCCGCACGGUGCGGCUGCAGUGCCCGGUGGAGGGAGACCCGCCGCCGCUGACCAUGUGGACCAAAGAUGGCCGCACAAUCCACAGCGGCUGGAGCCGCUUCCGUGUCCUGCCGCAGGGGCUGAAGGUGAAGGAGGUGGAGCGAGAGGAUGCGGGCACGUACGUGUGCAAGGCCACCAACGGCUUCGGCAGCCUCAGUGUCAACUACACACUCAUUGUCAUGGAUGACAGCAGUGCAGGGAAGGAGGGCCCAGCGCCCGACAGCUCUGCCAGGGGCCAGGAGGACCCAUCCAGCAAGCAGUGGGCACGGCCCCGCUUCACUCAGCCCUCCAAGAUGCGGCGCCGGGUGAUCGCACGGCCCGUGGGCAGUUCCGUGCGGCUCAAGUGCGUGGCCAGUGGGCACCCAAGGCCAGACAUCACGUGGAUGAAGGACGACCAGGCCUUGACACGUGCAGAGGCCAGCGAGAGCAAGAAGAAGAAGUGGACGCUGAGCCUCAAGAACCUGCGGCCGGAGGACAGCGGCAAGUACACGUGCCGCGUGUCGAACCGGGCAGGUGCCAUCAACGCCACCUACAAGGUGGACGUGAUCCAGCGGACGCGCUCCAAGCCCGUGCUCACCGGCACGCACCCCGUGAACACGACAGUGGACUUUGGCGGCACGACCUCCUUCCAGUGCAAGGUGCGCAGUGACGUGAAGCCGGUGAUCCAGUGGCUGAAGCGGGUAGAGUACGGUGCUGAGGGCCGCUACAACUCCACCAUCGACGUGGGCGGCCAGAAAUUCGUGGUGCUGCCCACAGGCGAGGUGUGGUCGCGACCUGACGGCUCCUACCUCAACAAGCUGCUCAUCGCCCGCGCCCGCCAGGACGACGCCGGCAUGUACAUCUGCCUGGGCGCCAACACCAUGGGCUAUAGCUUCCGCAGCGCCUUCCUCACCGUGCUGCCAGACCCAAAGCCGCCGGGGCCACCUAUGGCACCCUCGUCCUCGACCACUAGCCUGCCAUGGCCCGUGGUCAUCGGCAUCCCGGCCGGCGCCGUCUUCAUCCUGGGCACUGUGCUCCUGUGGCUCUGCCAAACCAAGAAGAAGCCGUGUACGCCCGCGCCCGCCCCGCCUGUGCCUGCGCAUCGCCUGCCCGGGACAGCCCGCGACCGCGGAGGGGACAAGGACCUGCCUGCAGUGACGGCCCUGUGUGAAGAUCAUGGGCCCCCUGCAGCCCCCCAGCACCUGCUGGGCCCUGGCUCAGCCGCCGGCCCCAAGCUCUACCCCACACUUUACACGGACGUGCACACACACACGCACACACACUCGCACUCACACGCGGAGGGCAAAGUCCACCAGCACAUCCAUUACCAGUGCUAGGGCCGGUGGCGGCAGGUUCCAUGGGGUAGCGGCCCCACCCAGCCCUCUGUGUGCCAGGGGGUGGGUGUGCGGGGGCCACGGGCAGACAGACAGGUGUGGAGGGACAGAGACACAGCGAGAGGG